AUGAGGGUGAUACUGCUGGCUGUGGUUUACAUCCCCUUCACCGUGGCCAUGGAGCGAAUCCCUCUUGUUCGAUUCAAAUCCAUCAAGAAACAGCUGAAGGAAAAGGGAGAAUUAGAGGAAUUUUGGAGGGAUCACCACCCUGAUGUUUUUGCCCGGAGGUACCUGCAUUGCUUCCCUGCAGAUAUUACUUUAUCGGCAGGAACCGCUUCAGAAAGGCUGUAUGAUUACAUGAAUGCGCAGUACUACGGAGUUGUGAGUGUUGGCACACCGCCCCAGAGGUUCACCGUUGUGUUUGACACCGGCUCCUCCAAUUUUUGGGUCCCUUCUGCUUAUUGCAUCAGCGAAGCAUGCAGGGUGCACCAGAAAUUUAAGUCCUUUCUGUCGGAUUCAUACGAGCACGGAGGGGAAGCCUUCUCCUUGCAGUAUGGCACGGGAGAGCUUCUGGGCAUUGCUGGCAAAGACACGCUGCAGAUAAGUAACAUCUCCAUUAAGGGACAGGACUUUGGCGAGUCAGUGUUUGAGCCAGGAAUAACCUUUGCCCUUGCCCACUUUGACGGCGUGCUGGGCUUGGGCUAUCCCUCCUUAGCAGUGGGCAAUGCUCUGCCCGUGUUUGACAGCAUCAUGAACCAGCAGCUGGUAGAGGAGCCGGUCUUCUCUUUCUAUCUGAAAAGAGGAGAUGACACUGAGAACGGUGGUGAGUUGAUCCUGGGGGGGAUAGACCAUUCCCUCUACAAAGGUUCAAUUCACUGGGUCCCAGUCACCGAGAAAAGCUACUGGCAAAUACACCUGAACAACAUAAAGAUCCAGGGCCGGGUGGCAUUUUGCUCCCACGGCUGCGAAGCCAUCGUUGACUCAGGCACUUCUCUUAUCACCGGCCCCUCUUCGCAAAUCAGGCGAUUACAGGAGUAUAUUGGGGCAAGUCCAUCGCAUACAGGAGAG